GUUUUCGAGGAGCAGAAUAAGUAGAGCAGUCGACAUCUUUGACAGCGAUAGCGGUUUUAUACGUAAUGAGUGUUGUUUUGAGCUUUUAAAAAGUAUUUCGGCUAUUUUUGGGGGGAAAUUUGAAAACCCAGGGGACCACUGGCAUCUGUCUGUUUUUUGACCUGUUUUGACUAAAACUUGUUUUUGUCUUUUUAAGAUGGGCAGUCAGUACCAGCGCUCAGUACCACUAGAAGUGAGGAGAGCAGAGGGAGAGAGAGUUCGGGCCAAGCAUCCUGACAAGAUACCAAUCAUUGUGGAGAGGGCUCCGAGGUCACGAGCUCCUGAACUGGACAAGAAGAAAUACCUAGUACCCUCUGAUUUAACAGUCGGCCAGUUGUGCUUCCUAAUCCGUCAGCGCGUGUCUUUGAGACCAGAGGAGGCACUCUUCUUCUUUGUCAACAACUCUCUUCCCCCAUCCAGCUCCCCUCUUUCUGCAGUAUAUGAGGAGCACCAUGAAGAGGACCUGUUUCUCUACAUGACCUACAGUAAUGAGAGCGUGUACGGCGCCUGAGGGAGAGCAAAAGACUGGAGCAAGAAUGAGAGAAGAAAGAGCUGUUUUAAAAUGCUUCACAUCCACUUUUAUUUUCUAUAAUAGUAGUUUUGAUAAGUAACUACCUGCAUUGUGGAAGAUAAAAACUUUGUACAAAGCAGAAUUUGGUGGUUUUAACUUUGAACAGUAUUUUAAGGUGAUGAUGGGUUUACCACACUUAAAGUCACAUUGAUUUCCUUACUUGUAAACAGAGAAAGGCUUAAAACAAGGAAUGUUUUGUAAAAAAGAGGAAGUUACUGCAAUUGCGUUGAGAGAGCUCUUUCUUUCUCACUUACCUGUAUUUAAUGCAAAUAGUAUUUUUUGUUUUUGUAAAUUAUCGUGAACUUUUGUGGAAGAUAAAGAAAAUGCCAACA